AAAACAUUAUUUACAGAGAGAGAGUCUGAUGUGGAUUGGCCUUGAAAUCUUGUAACUCGGAGAGAGAGAUCUGUGUGAGAGAGAGAGAGUUCAUGAGAGUCGGACUAGGAAGAAAACGAGGAGUGGACCGAGGAUUUGGGCGACAAAUGUGACAGAAAAAAUUGUUCCUAGUACUUUAAGAUUUUGCAUGGUUUUGAAUUUUGAAAAAAUAUUGGUUUGUUUUUUUUCUUUCAUUUUCGUUUGUGUUUGAUCUGUCUCUCAGACAAACAACUGGGUUUGAGAAAAAUCAGAAACCACUCAGAUUCUCUCUAUCUAUACAUUCUUUGCUUUCUCUCUCUCUCUCUCUCUUGUCAAUCUUUGCUGAAAACUUGGCUAGGCUUUUGGGUUUGUUUCUCAAAUUCCAUAACCUGCGAGAUUUUGGGUAACUUAUUUCCUGCUUCGAUUCUUCAAAUUCCUCUAGAUUUUGCUCUCAGAUUUCGAUUUCAAAACAAUGGAUUAAUUGAUCCUGGAAGCCAAGUAUUUGGUUCUCUCUAAAUCUUUGCAUUUGCUUCAAAUUCUUUGAAAAGUUGUUGGAAGAAAACAAGAAUAAGACCAAAAGUGUUUUAAGUAUUAGCAUUACAGAAAUGAAGUACAAAAGCUUGAGUCUUUCUCUGUAUCUUUGCAUCUGGGUUUGUUUCAAACUUUCUCGAAAUCCAUAAACUUAGAUGGAAAACAAAGAAGAAUGGAUCCAGACGACCAAACCCAAAAGUGUAGUAGCAGUAGUGGUGGCGGUGGUGGUGGUAGUGGCGGUGGCGGUGGUAGUGGUAGUGGUGGUGGUGUUGCAAGAUCUUCCAAAAAGCCAAAGCAAAAGAAAGCUCCACAGAGAGGACUUGGCGUGGCUCAGCUUGAAAAGAUCAGACUAGAAGAACAGCAAAACAAAGAUGCAGCUGUUGAAGCUGUAGCUGCAGCUACAAUUUUGUCUCCACCAGCUUCAGUAUCAGCAACCAAAUCAUCCUUUGUAUCUUUGCAGAUUCCAAAUUAUCACCACUCUAAUCCAUCUUCAUCCUCUAAUAUUGCAUUUCCUUCUCCAUUCCCGGUUGAUCCAACGUCGCCAAACUUGAUGAUACGGCCUCCUCAACCGGUCCAAAACAUCCUUCUAAGAAAUUCCACCACAAAUAGUGGUGAGUUCGAUGCCAGAUGGUCGGGGAUUUCGGUUCCUGCUGUGGAUCCAGGAUUAGCGUUUCGGUCGAAUUUGAAUUUGCCAUACGAAUCUGACAACCCUGUUUGGCCUCCCACAGGCUUGAAUUUCCCAAUAACACAACAAUAUCAGCAACCUUCUCCUUCAAUGGUGAAUGUCUCAUCAGGGACUUCAUCAUCAUCCUUAUUGAAUUUUCGGAUGGAGCCCCCUUCAAACCAAAGCUGUUAUAGCAACUUCGCCCCUGUUUGGCCAGAGGAAGAGAAGAUGGUUGGCAUGAAGAGGCCAUAUCCCUUCUCUCUAGACAACCCACCACGCCCCUCUUUCAACUACAAUUUACCUGCCAUUAAUGUUGCUCCUAUAAGAUCAGAUGAAUCAGCUUCAUGUGGGAAUGAAGGCAGGUUUAAUAUUUUCGAAGCCAGCAAUACAAUUUCCAGAGAGGGGCCUUCAAGCUCAACUUCCAAUUACUGCAAGGUGAAUCCAAACAAAAGCAUCAAAGAAAAUGUGGUUCUCCAUGGAGAUUUUCUCACACUUGCUCCUCCUACAACAACUUCAAAGUUGAAGCACCAUUCAGCCUCUCUUGACUCUCAUAACAACAAAUUCCCUGAUUUUGAAUCACUGCCUUAUCAAGGAAGUGAGGAAGGCCGGCCAAUUAUACAGCCGGGACAGAGUCAGUUCAAUGGACAACGACCCUUUUAUAGCUUCUUACCACCGGCAGAGCCGCAAAUAGGCCAAGCAACAACCACCACCAACAAUGGUAAUGGCGAAGUAGGCGAAAGUAUUGAUCUCGAUUUGAAGCUAUAAAUGCCUUAGCCCGUUUGUCUCAGUCUGGAUAAACAUCUCCAACAAUUUUGCUGCUUGAAAUAUGAGAAAGUCUAUAUGAAACCUACCUAUCCAAACCAUCCGGGCAAAAAAUUGCUGGAAAUCUAAAUGUUUUGUUUGGGAGGCUGGUUUCUCCUUUGUAUCUUUUUGGGUGUUUUUUCUUUUGAACGUUACAAUAGGGGGUACAUAUAUUAUAAUGUAUCUAGAUUUGCAUAUGUAAGGUUGAGUAUAAAGGAAGCCCGAAUCUUGGGCCAUGUGAGGGUAAGAUAGAGAGAUGUAGAUUUGUUUGUUUGAAACUGUUUUGUUUUUGAUGAAGUCAUGGGAUUUGUGGUUUUUGUUUGCUUGGUUGGUUGGUUGGUGCAUGGAGGGUCA